CGCUAUGUCAUCGUAUAUCUCUUCAUUAACUUACCAAAACACACUUUUCCAGUGAGAGUGUUAUGCAAAUUCACAUUAAGGUUUCAGGCUAUAAUUUUGGUAACAGAAACAGAAAGUAACAGAAUUAUCUUUUUAUUUCUUUAUAUAUAUUAUACAUGAUUUAUGGAUUACCCGAUGAUACCUGGACCAUUAUCUCCAUUGUGCCACUUUUGCCAGGUUCAAAGUGGAGAGGGAAAGGUAAGCCCUUGUUUGACUGUGUCGGAAUGUAUUGAAGCUGGAGGUUUUUUAUCUGCCUUUCGUUUUCCACCGCACAGGCUCACUUUAGGGCGCACUUGCGCAACAGCGACGAGAGCUGCGGAAAGUCUGUACAUCUAGUUUUCUCACCUCUGUUACUAGCAGCGAAGGAGGGGGGCGUGUGUGAGGAGGCGAGAGGGAAACCCAUGACUUCCGCGUUUUUCCUCCCUAUCUGAAACUGAGCGCGCAGUGGGUCUACUGUAGGCUACCCUAUAAAUAGCCAUAAUGGUGCUUAGAGUCGCGACAUUCAGCUCAAGUCUCGGACUGGUCUGUAUGAAAUCCAGGGGACUAUUUUGUGGAGAUACGCCACUGAACAACUGGAGCUGUACAACUUCCAAAGCUUUUAAUACGCUGAACUUGAAAACUGGACGGUGUGGACACACUCCCCGACGCUCAGACAUCUGACUGCCUAUUGACACAACAACAAAACACAGAAAUGGAUGUUGAGUCUCUCCAGAAGAGUGGCCGCCGGCGCGGGUCCUGCCUGGAUGCUUUUCUCAUCAUGUCCAUCAUUUUUCUGUUUGUGGCGGUGACAGCUGUGGCUGCCGGCGGACUGCUGGCUGUGAUGGACCUACGGUCCAAACUGCAGCCGCAGAAGUAUGAGUCUCAGACGUCACAAUUGACAGGACACGCACCUGACCCAAAAUACAAGAUGCAGAAUUUUGUCUACCUGUCAGCCAUCCGAAGUGAGUUGAUGCACAAUACCACCAUGGAGUGGGCUUCAGUCCACUACGCCGAUGGUGCGUCUAUAGGAAGCAACUUCGUAUUUGACUCAGAGCAGCAUACGCUGAUGGCAGAAGCGGUGGGGACCUACUUCAUGUACAUUGAUCUCACCUUCACCUGUGUCUACAAGUGCAAGGCAGGCGUCUUCAGCAUCCGUGUGGGUGAUAAAUUCACCUGUGACGUGCGUCUUCCAGCUGUGAACAGUUCAACACCUGUGACCAAGAAGUGCUGGACAGUGAGCCAGAUGAACAAGGAGAAGCUGCUCACUGAGAUGACAGUACCAAAAGAAGGACUGGAGAACUGGAGACUGGAGCCGAACAGCUCAGGAUUCGGGAUGUUCCUUGUGGACUGAUAUGGAAGUUGUAGUGCUGCUAUUGUCAACAAGAAGCAGAUGUCCUCGUGACCUGUGGGUCAAACCCUAAAGAAGGCACCAGUUUGUGCUUUCUUCAAGACCAAGCAGGUGAAAAUGGGCAGGCACUGGUGCCAAGACAUUUUCAAAAUGAAAGGUGUGAGACAAUGAAGCUUAGCAGGAUUUUAAGAUGGAAUCUCAGGAGAAGUCAGUCAUGAUAAUUCAACCAGGAUGUGGAAAAGACUAGACACUCAUCUCAUGCUGUGUAAUAAUGAAUGUGUUACUCUAUAUGUUAUAUAUUUAUUUGACGAUAUUGAACUAUUUAUGUACUUAUAUUUAUAAAAAUGUUGCUAUUUUUUUUUUAUAAAAAUGUAUUUUUUAUGUAGACACCACUACGUUACUGUUGAUGUGCAAUACACUGCACUUUUAAGCAGCCUAUAUUGGGUUACAUGUGACUUUAUAGCUCUGUUUUUUAUUUCAUAAAAGUCCUAAAGACUCACAAAAAUGUGUGAUUGUAAUUCUGUUCCAAAACCCCAACAAACACCUCAGGGACCUCAUCUAGAUCUACUGCAGUUAAGUGGAGUCGUUUACUGUCUUCUGGCAAAUGACGAGUUAGACACUUUAAGUAACUUUGGUAGAAACAAGGACUUGUCAAAAUGAUCCCCUCAUCAAAACAUGACUAGAAUUAUUAAAAUAUCUCUUACUUGUGCACUGAAUUGAGAAAAUGUUUGUAAGUCCUGUGGACAAACUACACAUUGUUGAAUGUAUUUAUUUGAAUCCAUAUUAAAUAUGGACACAAACAGGGAUAUGGUGAACAGGGAGAUCAUUUUGGUGUAAAAAAUAGAAAAUGAUGCGUGUGAAAGUGAAUACAACAAGUUACAAGUGGAAUAUGUGAAAGGUUUAUAGGUAAGGGAAAGUUCCUUAUAAUUACGCAGCCUGUACCGGGAACUCGAUGUACAUCACUUCCUGUUUAUUUACCAUCCAGCGUGGUUUAAAAAAAAAAAAGUGUGAGCCAGCAAACAAACUCAGCAUAAUUAUACCUCCUGUGUUACAUAGACCCAAGAUGGCAAGUGAAAAUAAAUAUUAUCUGGUGGUAUAAUAUA